AUGACGAGGUUGAAGCAGCCAACUUUCGUGCGCAACUCGAUCAACUUCGUGCCGACAACGAGCGACUCAUUCAGCAACUCGCCCAACAGCAGCAGCAACAACAGCAGCAGCAGCAGCAGAAUGGAGCGCUUGCAGCAGGCCUCACAGCAAGCGGUGCGCUCGCCCAGGCUAACCUCAUCCCCGCGCCAGCAGUUCAUCGGGUUACUGUCAAGCUACCACCAUUUUGGUCCGAUCGACCAAGCAUGUGUUGUUGCGCAAGCGGAUUCCCAAUUCUUCAUCUCAAACAUCCACAACGAAGUAACGAAAUUUCAUUAUGUUGUUUCGCAAUUGGAAACGCGCGUUGCUGUGGAAGUCGAAGAUAUCAUUAGCAAUCCUCCUAACGAGACUCCAUACACAUAUUUACGCAGCAAACUCAUUGAGCGUCUGUCUGCUUCAGAAGAGCAGCGUGUGAAGCGUCUGAUCAGUGAGGAGGAACUUGGCGACCGUAAACCUUCGCAGUUCCUUCGCUAUCUUCGCACGCUCAUUGGCACGACGAUCAUUCCGGAUAACCUAUUGCGUCAAUUUUGGCUCCAGCGCCUUCCGUCUUACGUCCAGGCGAUCAUCACUGCGCAAAUAACUGCCCAACCUGCUUUGACCCUCGAUAAUCAAUCUGAUAUCGCUGACAAAAUUAUCGAGGUAUCACCGGCAACUCCUCUAUCCAUCAGAGCUGCAUCGUCGUCAACUUCCGUCGAGCAAGAGUCGUCGCAUAGCGCGCUGAUUUGCGCCAUCGAGUCUCUGACCAAACAAGUCACAGAGCUUUCGACGCGUGAUUCUCACAGAAAUAAGAAUCGCAGCAACAGUCGUGGACGACAUCAACGCAGCCAGUCUAGGCAAGACUUGGGCUCGGAUUCUUCACGCCUCUGCUGGUAUCAUCACAAGUUCCAGGAAAGGGCGAAGAAAUGCAUUACUCCAUGCAGUUGGAAGCCGGGAAACGCCAACGGCAGUUCGGAAUUCAAAUGGAAGUUUGUUAUCGCCGACGUGGAUGUCCCAAUCAUCGGGUCUGAUUUCCUGUCGCACUUUCAUUUGCUUCCUGAUUGUCAAGCAAAACUGCUUAUCGAUGGUACCACCGGCUUACGAGCGGCCGCACACAUUCAGCAGAUUUUUCAGCUUAGUGUGAAAACUGUCGACAUAUUUGUUUCACCCGAAUUUUCAGCUAUCCUUGCUGAAUUUCCCGAUCUAACUCGUCCUUGUUGUAGGCAUCGCGAAAUUAAGCACAACACUGUCCAUUACAUUCGGACUACUCCGGGCCCGCCUGUUGCUAACGCCCCUCGACGUCUGGCUCCGGACAAACUCAAGAUUGCAAAAAAACAAUUCGACGACAUGAUCGAUUCUGGCAUUGCUCGUCCUUCCGAAAGCUCUUGGUCAUCAGCCUUACAUUUAGCUCCAAAAGGCAAGUCUGACUGGAGUCCUUGUGGCGAUUAUCGACAACUCAAUAGUCGAACGAUUCCGGAUCGUUAUCCUGUCCGUCACAUCCACGACUUUACCUGCAAUUUAGACGGUUGUAUUAUCUUCUCAAAAAUCGAUCUUGUUAAGGCUUAUAAUCAAAUCCCUAUUUUUAAAGACGACAUCUGCAAGACAGCCAUUAUUACACCGUUCGGUCUUUUCGAAUUUCUUUACAUGAUGUUCGGUCUUCGAAAUGCUGGUCAAAUCUUUCAGCGCUUUAUGGAUGAAGUUCUCCGUGGUUUAGACUUUUGCUACGACUACAUCGACGAUAUCUUGGUUUUCUCUCGUUCUAUCGAAGAACACAAACGUCAUCUACGUAUUCUCUUCGAUCGUCUUUCUCGUUACGGGCUCGUCAUGAACAUUUCCAAGUGUACAUUUGGUGUGCCGGAACUCGAUUUUCUUGGUUAUUCCGUAACUGGUGCCGGUAUCAAAGCUCCUCAAGAACGCAUCCCUGCCAUCCAAGAGUUUACUCUACCACAGACAGCAGAAGGCUUACGUCGUUUCCUUGGUAUGAUGGAUUUUUAUCCUAGAUUCAUUCCUCACGCAUCUCAAUUUGAAGCUCCCCUUCAUGACGCCAUCAGCAAACCGUUACUCAACGGUUCGCAAAAGGUUUCGUGGACUACCGAGCUCGAAAAUGCAUUUCAAGCUUGCAAAGACUGCCUCUCCUCGGCAACUCUUUUGGUCCAUCCUCGACUUGGUGUACCUUUAGGUCUCUUUACCGAUGUUUCAAACUUUGCUUUUGGUGGAUGUCUUCAGCAAUUUGUUGAUGAUUCUUGGCAGCCUCUCGCAUUUUUCUCCAAGAAAUUGACCGCUAAGCAGACAAAAUUACCGGCUUACUACCGGGAACUUCUUGCUAUUUACGAGUCUACACAACAUUUUCGACAUUUUCUUGAAGGUCAUCAUUUUACUAUUUUUACCGACCACAAGCCAUUGAUCUACGUUUUCCAGCAAAAACGCGAUAAGUUACCUCCUGUUCAGCGAAAUCAGAUCGCUUUUAUUUCUCAAUUCACUACGGAUAUCCAGCAUAUCAGUGGGACGAAGAACAUUGUAGCAGACACUCUCUCUCGCGUCGAGGCAAUCUCUAAACCAUUGGAUUACGAAGCACUGGCGAAAGUUCAAGAAAACGAUGAAGAGCUCAAGACUUUUCUCAACCAACCUACUUCUCUUCAACUCAAGAAGAUUGAAAUUCUUGGAUCCCGUACAUCUGAUUAUUUCGGAAUCAAGCACAAGCACACCACCAGUUGGCAUCCUUCAGCCAACGGGCAGGUCGAGUGUCUUCAUCGACCUCUCAAGGCUGCAAUUAUGGCUCAUGCUGACGUCGACUGGGUUGAAGCUCUUCCGCUUGUCCUCCUUGGUAUUCGUUCCGCAUUCAAGGUCGAUAUAGGGUCUUCUUCUGCUGAACUUGUCUACGGCGAACCUCUGCGUCUCCCAGGAGAGAUGUUGACAGCCCAAGCUCCAAAUCCUGAAGAUAUGCCAGUUUUCCUUGCCGCUCUUCGAGAGCACAUGGCUCGCCUCAGACCGACGUCAGCAUCAAGGCAUUCUAAACCAGGAACUUUCGUCUUCAAGGAACUCGAGCGCUGUACGCAUGUAUUUCUGCGCGAAGGGCCUGAACGACGAUCUCUUCAGCAACCAUAUCGAGGACCAUACGAAAUAAUCGACAGAAAUGACAAAAACAUGACUCUCAAAAUUAACAAUAUACCCAACACAGUUACUAUUGACAGAGUUGUCCCAGCUUUUAUUUUGAACGACGAUGAACCACCUCCACCACCUGCAUCUACGCCUACACUUGUUGCAAUGCCACCUCCAACUCAUCCGCCUCCAUUAACGCCACCGCCCGUACCACCAUCAUCAAAGCCUGAAGUCACAACCCGUUCUGGAAGGUGA